AUGCCAGGGAAACUCCUGGAGCUCUUGGGGCUCCUGCCGUGGCAGCUGCUGGUGGAGAAGGAGGGCACCGCUGCAGUCGUCGCUGGCGCUUUGCUCUUGGAACCUCCCAUCAAGAUGGCAUUCACUGUCUGUCCCGGUCCAAUUAACUCCCUCAACCUUCCGCCGCCUCCUCUGGCACUAUCCUUCGGAGUUGGGGGUGGGAGGGUGCAGAGUCAAGAGAGAGCGGAAAGCGUGCAUGGUCCGGGUGGCAUCCGGGCUGUUAGCCCCGGCGCCCGCUCAGCAACUCUCUUCAGGGAGGACAGGGGGAGGGAGGGAGAGAAAGAGGACUCGAGGAGGGGAGCGCGCCAGAGCGGGUGGGACGGAGGCAGAGAAGGAGCGCGGGAGCGGCGGAGGCGAUCCCGCGAAUUCAUUACUGUAAACACCUCCUGGGGGUGUCAGGAGGGUGGGGUGGGAGCCGCGGCGUCUACAUUAGCCCGGCCGGGUUGGAUUGAGGCAGCAGUGAAGUCGGAGCCGCCUCCGGACCCACGCUGGGCGGGCUCUGCACUUGGAGAGAGCCCCGCGGCCGCCCCCGCGUACCCCGCGCAGCGCCCCACGCCGGGCUCCGCUCAGUUGGCGCACAGGCGUCGGAGUCGCGCCCGCCCGGCUCUCUCGCAGCCCCCCGGGGUCCUCCGUCUCCGAGGGGCCCCGGCACCGCGGGGCUGCUUUCCGCCGCCUUCCCCGCCCGCCAGCCUUCUUUCGGGACUCGUGGGCUCAGUGGAGGCGGAGAGGGGGAGGCAGAGGAGGAGAGGAGGCGGGGGCCGCGGCGGCCGGAGCCGCGAGGAAGUGGCAUGCCCGAGCCCUGGAGGCGGAGGUGGCGGAGGAAGGGGGAAGACGAUGCCGCGGCUCAGUAGGGGAGGAAGGAGAGAGCGAGCUAGGAGAGCGGGGCGCCCGGGCGCCGGCCGGCUGCGGGGAGGCGCGUGCCGCUCUGAGGCUCUGGCCUCCGCUCCCCUGCGCCCCGACGCUGCGGGCGACAGGCCCGGGCUCCGGCAGCAGCCACCGUCCCCGCCGCCACCACCCGGAGGACCGAGCAAAAGUUUGGAUCUGGGGGAGGACGCGGCGCUGAGAGGGCUUACCGCCAGGGCUCGAAGGAGACCUCGAGAACCUUCGCAGGGCAGACGGGCUAAUGAAUGAACGACUUGCAGCAGCAAUUUCAAGCCUCUCUAAGAGCUGCAGAGAGCGAGCGGGUGCAGGAGGGAAGACAGAAUGAGGCCUCCUUUGUUCCACGUGAGCCACCUUCUAGUCAUAGUUCCGCUGCUAAGCGCCUGUACUUUGGAGCGUCAAAUUGUUCAUCUGUAAAGCAGUGAUAAUACCACUACUUGGCGGGGCUAGCCAGAAGAUUAAAGCCAGUUAUAUAUGUUAAGGGCUUAGCACAGUGUCUGGGAGGGACGUGGCUUUCAAGGAGUUCAGCAAACCUUAAUUCUCUCUUGCCUCGAAAACUAUUUGCGAGGGCAUAUUCGAGACUUGGCAAGAACGCUUAUUGCACCGAGGCUUUAAGUGAUUAUUCACGACCCUGUGUAUUUAUACUCUGAGCUUCCUCUGAUUAAUAAUCUACCACUGAGGUCACCAGUGACCAAUCUUGAGCUAAACUGAUCUUUUUACUUGCAAUCUGGGCUGUAUUUGAAACUCCGGCUGUGAGAGGCAGUCUCAGAAACUCAUGACCAAACCCUCAGUCAUCGGGAUUGCUUUCAGAUUUGCUGCUAUGUGAAUUAUCUGUAUUUUCUUCUUUUCCUUUGGGGACAAGAGCAUGUAUUUUCCUCACCGUGGCUUCGAAUGCCUCAAAGUAUUUGGCUGUUUUCCUCUAUUUGGGCAUAGAGGCAGGGAUGUUAUAAUUUGUCUAAAAGUAUUUACUGUUUCCCAACAGCAGAGAGAGUGCCUUACAUUUAGAAAGUGCUAAAACAUUAUCAUUGUUUUGGGUUCGGUGCUUGCAAACUCAGAAUGUUCCAUGUUAUUAAAAGCUUUCAACACCUUCUUUUCUUUCUUUGAAAAAUAAUCAGCAUAUCGCCUCUAGCAUUCUUUCAAGGAAAGCCAAAGACUGUGUUUUCUAACUUCUGAAAACCAAAUUCCUAAAGCAAUGGCAGCACAAACAGCUUGUACCUUUUGCAAGUAUGCUAACAAGUCAUGUAUUGGUUUUGUUUCCAGAUGCAUUUCAGAUUUGCAGCUCUCCAUAUUCAAACUAAUUGCUUGCUUGAUGGUAGAAAUACUUUUGCAUCUGAGAAAGGGCAUCAUCGACAGCCUUCCAGAAUGUUCCAGAUAUACCUCCAGGAGCACUGACACACUGCUCAGAGAGAGCUGCUGACGGUCAGUCCGAAUCCUUGACACGAAAUUCACACAAUGCCCGCAUGUUUUAUAUGUCUGUCUAGAAAAAAAUGAAAAGCCAGCUCUGUCCAUGUGAGCUCCUGAUCUUAAAUACAGUUAUGCCUCUAAAUAUAGCUCAGGACAUUUGUCAGCGAACUGCGAAGUUCUUGUUAAAAAUAAAAUGGAAAUUCAAAUCUCAAAAUAAAUAAGGAGCGAUUUGUAACACAUUGCCUGUUUUUCAUUUGGGUCUGGCAAAUCUGAGGCCUGUGGAAUGCCGUUGUGGGUGACCCCAUUUAAAUAAUUAUUCAAAGGCUCUUGAAUCUGCUGUCUCCUUUUGCUGUUGGUGUAGAA